AUGAGAAGAGAGCAGGAGAACAGGGACGAGCUUCGCUAUCUCUUGCGCCAGGAAAAAGUGCUUGCGGCGAACAGCAAGGUCAGCAGGCCCUAUCAAAUCGAUCCAAAGCAAGCAACCAACACACACGCCGGCCAGCCACGUAUCGGAUCAGACGCGGCUCAACUCUCUUUUUCCAAGCCUCGAGUCAGGAAAGCAAGCCCCGAAAAUUUCCUCCUUUUUUCCUUUGGCCUGUCGUCCUGCAAACUUAGCCGUCGGAGCCUGAUCUUCUCACUCCCUGUCUUCCGUCCUGUCCGCCGAAAAUCGGCCGCCUCCGACUUUGCACCAGAGUCCAUUGUUUCUCCAAUUGACACACUUAUCAAGCGAGUCGUCAUUGUUCCUUUUGCGAAGGUCCUUCCUCGGCUUGCAGACAGGAUGGCGGGACAAGAUAAGGAAGUUUCUGGCGUCUCAUGA